CCUCUCUUUUCUCCGGGAAGUCCAGUGUCCCUGUGACCUUGGAAGAAGCUGCCCUAGACCGUCUAUGCAGCUGGCAUCCACAGCCCUGAGCCACCAGAGCGCGGAGAAGAUGCAGGUGUACCUGACUCUUCUGCUCAUCAGCUACUUGCUGACUCCCAUUGGAGCUUCCAUCUUGGGGCGCUGCGUAGUGGCUAAGAGGCUCCGUGAUGGAGGCUUGAAUUAUUUUGAGGGCUACAGCCUUGAGAACUGGGUGUGCCUGGCUUAUUUUGAGAGCAAGUUCAACCCCUCGGCUGUCUAUGAGAACUCAAAAGCUGGCUACACUGGCUUUGGCCUCUUUCAGAUCCGAGACAGCGACUGGUGUGAUCAUGGCAAGAACCUCUGCAGUGUGUCCUGCUCUGCGUUAUUGAACCCAAACUUAAAGGAUACGAUCGAAUGUGCCAAGAAAAUCGUGAAAGGAAAAGAAGGGAUGGGCGCAUGGCCCGUCUGGUCCAGGAACUGCCAGUUGUCUGACACCCUGGAGAGGUGGCUGGACGGCUGUGAUCUGUAGCCACCUGGGUGGACCUGCCCCACUUGCCGGCCAUGCCUCGUGACCACGAUGCUUUCCUGUUUGCUGCUUCGAUCCAUCCAG